UCACUAGUCCGAAUGAGAGAGUUUAAUAUGAGAUGUGUUUUCAAGGGAACCUUAACCACUCCCCAGGAGAAGGCACACUCUGCAAAAACUAAUGCUUCAACCAUUGGUGUACUUCUAUAAUCUUGUCGGCAACCAUACUCAGUGGUCUGUGUUUGGGACUGAAGAAGGGUGGUAGAAUAUUAUGUCCCAUAAAAAUCAAAAUGAGAGAGGAUUGGUAGGACAACUAACUGUAAAGUUAGAUGUGACUGACUGCACUGGUAC